ACGCCAGUUCUGAGGGAUCAAACGGAGUAUUCCUCUCUGCACACCAGGACCAGCCACUGUUGAAGCAUGAGUUCCCAGCAGCAGAAGCAGCCCUGCCCCCCACCCCCUCAGCUUCAGCAGCAGCAGGUGAAACAGCCUUGCCAGCCUCCACCGCAGGAACCAUGCAUCCCCAAAACCAAGGAGCCCUGCCUCCCCAAAGUGCCUGAGCCCUGCCACCCCAAAGUGCCUGAACCCUGCCAGCCCACGGUUCCAGAGCCCUGCCACCCCAAGGUGCCUGAGCCCUGCCCUUCAACGGUCACUCCAGCACCAGCCCAGCAGAAGACCAAGCAGAAGUAAUGUGGUCCGCAGCCAUGCCCUUGAGGAGCCAGCCACCAGACGCUGAAUCCCCUGUCUCAUUCUGCAUAUGAGUCCCAUUUGCCUUGCAAUUAGCGUUCUGCCUCCACCAAAAAACAAUAUGCUAUGAAGCUUUGUUUCCUGUACACUCUGAGUCUCUGAAUGAAGCUGAAGGUCUUAGUACCAGAGCUAGUUUUCAGCUCCUCAGAAUUCAUCUGAAGAGAGACUUAAGAUCAAAGCAAAUGAUUCAGCUCCCUUAUACCCCCAUUAAAUUCACUUUCAGUUCCA